GCAAGAUAGAGGUGGGUGUCGCGAGCAUACUGUGCGCCCAGUGCUAGCUUGCUCUUAACAAACCUUGCGUUCUUCCUAUUCCGCGGCCAGCAGGACUCAAGCAGUGACAUAUUUAAAGGAAAAAUACUAUUACAAUUCUGUUUUAUGUUACUAGAGCGUGGAGAAACCAGUUUGUGUGUGAAUCGGGUCAUGCAAUAAAGUGUCUGGGCAUAAACCACGUUCAUUGCUGUUAACGAAGACUCUUGAUAAAAUUCCUCGACUUUUCCGCCUCUGAUUAAAGUGUUGAGCGAUGACUGGCGGCGUGUGCAUCAUGGAGGAGGCGCAGCAGAAGGCAGUCCCUCCCUCUGUCCUCGCUAGCCAGGCCCUCCAGCAGCUGCGCCAGCCCUCCUGCAUCCUUGUCAACCUGGACGCAGUGAGGCACAACGUACGGGUGCUCAAGGGGCUUGCGGGAUCCAACACAGGUAUCAUGGGUGUUGUGAAGGGCAGUGCGUACGGCUCAGGCCUGCUGCCGGUGGUGGAGGUGCUGCUGGAGGAGGGCGUACAGGAACUGUCUGUGGCCACUGUGGGGGAGGGAAUCCAUCUCCGCCGGCAAAAUGUCCAGGUUCCCAUCACUGUCCUUGGUAACCUGCUGCAAUUUGAGGUGGAAGAUGUGUUGAAACACAACCUCAUCCCAACCAUCAGCUGGGCUUCUCCUCUCACUGCUGAGCCCACUGAUAGCCUCAAGUACCCAGAUGGGUCUCGCCUGCGUGUGGCCAUCAACAUAGACACAGGCAUGUCCAGGUAUGGUGUGCAGCCUCAGGACCUGCCAGCACUUGUCACCACGCUGGAUAACCUCAAUGUCACCAUUGCCUCCAUGUACACACACUUCCAGGCAGCCAUCAAUGAGCCAGAGAAGAAUAAAAAGCAACUGGAUAUGUUCCUGGAGGCAACUGAACCAUACAAGCUGCGACCUCUGACCCGACACGUGGCGGCCACCACAGGCUGUGUUCAGGGCAUUGGCACUAACCUGGACUUCAUUCGGCCAGGAGGAGCAAUCACUGGCCUCAGCUCAGGCAGCGAUGAGGAGAGUGCUGGCUUGUUUGCCAAGUGUGGCUUCCGUCCUGCUCUGUCAGUGGUGGCACGACCAACAUUCUUCAAGCAGCUGCCUCCAGGCCGGGGCAUUGGGUAUGACGCCACCUACCAGACCACCACCGAUGAGUGGAUCGCCAACCUUACCACAGGAUGGUCGGAUGGAUUCAGCCGCCGCCUCAGCAACACUGGUGCCGUCAAGAGGGUCAAGACAGGUGAAUUGUGUCCCAUUGUGGGCCGAGUGUCCAUGGACUCCAUCACUAUCCGCCUCCCAGAAGCUCCUGCUGAGGACGACGUGUUUCAGGUCAUAUCAGACGACUUUGAUGAGAACACCUCAGCUGUGGGUCUGGCAAGGAUCCUUGAGGCAGCUGUGUAUGAAAUGCCAGGGAACUGGUCCACCCGGCUGUCCAGAGUGUAUAUCAAGAAUGGCAGCAUAGCCAAGGUGUACCACUCCCUGGACUAUACCUGCUAAUGGAGCUGUGACCAACUCACUCUGCUCGCCUUUCAUGUACAGCCACUUAUAACCUGUACAUGAGUUACUUUAAUACAGCCAGAUUUAUUGCAAAAUUAAAUUAUUUUGUUACUCAAUAUUGAAUUAUAUUGUCGAAUAUAUAUAUAUAUAUAUAUAUAUAUAUAUAUAUAUAUAUAUAUAUAUAUAUAUAUAUAUAUAUAUAUAUAUAUAUAUAUAUAUAUAUAUAUAUGCUUCACUUAUUUGUGAAGAAAUGUUAUGCCAUUGCUUGUAUAUAUAUGAUAAGAAUAGAGAAAGUAGCACACAUUGCUAUCAGUGAUAUAUAUAUUGCUUUUACAUUUAUAAGAAAUUACUCCUACAUAAUUAUAGUAUAAGUAAUGUUCCAGGCUAGGCCUCUCCACAUUACAUUAUUUAGCAAAAGCAUAAUAUAUACAUAACUACCUGAACACUAUAUUAUUUUGAAACAUUGAAUUUCAAUGGACUAUCCAAUACAGUUUAUACUGUUGACCAUACAGCAAUAUUUUGAUGACUGCGUCCCAUUUGAUUAUAUCCACAUUUUAUUCCUUCAUGGGCUAUUGUGAAGGAGUGAAGAGUUGGUGUUCAGUGACAAGUCUCCAGGUGUUGCUUGCUCUUCCUAAGAAGUUAUAAUCCUUCCAUGUUUCUUUAAUUCACCCUUUAUACUCAGUUUUCAGCUUUCUCAUCCUUCAUACCUAUGUUUCAUAUAUUUAACUUAAUUGUAGUAAUCAGGAGCACAAAAUCCUUAUUAAAAUUAUCUUAGGAUCUGAUGACUGUUAUGGUUCUUACAUUUGAGGCACUGUCUCUGUUUGAAGUCGGGGGAUCCAUCCUGACCAGUUAAGGUCUCUUGUACCUAGAGAUUUAUGUAGCAUUUAGAUUAGUUUCUGUUUCAAUGGAGUAUCUAAAGGGAGGCACAACACAGUAUGAUACACACAUAUACAUUAUUUCCCAGUAUUGCAUCAUUGCCAGGUUACUGCAGCAGCUGUCACUUCUGCUAAAUACGCAUGGUUACAGUUACAGUACGAGUCCUAUGUGGACAGCCCUGCUCCACCCAUGACAGGCCACUAAAAGCAAGAUCAGCACAAGUGUUUAUAAUGAAUCAAUUCUUGAAUCCAAAUGAGGACACCAGUGAUGUAUUUCAGUAGAUAUUUUUUUUCCAGAACAGAUUUCUAUGAUAAUCUGUAUCAUUACUCUACUCAAUAUUCUUAAGGGACUGUAAUGGUGUUGGUGAACAGUAACAUCAAUAAAGCAUAAGGUUUUUGGUGUAUGCAUGUAUUCCAUUAUAAUUACUAUUUAUUUAUUAACUUUUGGGGAAAGUUUAUGGGUGUUUUCCUUUCUGUAUUUAAAUUUCUUAUACAAGAGAAACAACCUUUAUAUCACCUAAACAGGGUACAGACUUCAUUUAGCUAUGCAAACAAGACCAAGCCUUCAGUAUUAAGAGUAAAAAUCACACUUCUUACAUUAUGGUGACAUUGCUCAGGUAAAGCUGCAAGAAUUUAUCCGAGCUUUGUGAUUGCAGUGCAGUAUUCAUAGUGGUGCUUGUAUUUAAGCAUGCAAUUGUCAUCAUUCUGUAUUACAACCAGGGAGUUCAUAAUAAACAAUUAACUAUGAUCUUAGAUGUUCCUUUCCUAUCUAUUAUAUAUAUAUAUAUAUAUAUAUAUAUAUAUAUAUAUAUAUAUAUAUAUAUAUAUAUAUAUAUAUAUAUAUAUAUAUAUAUAUAUAUACCAGGCUGGCAGUCCCACAUGGUGGCCCAAACAGAGCAACACACACACACAGUCAUUCAUGAUCUUAGAUGUUCCUUUCCCAUCUAGUAUAUCUAUCUAUCUAUCUAUCUAUCUAUCUAUCUAUCUAUCUAUAUAUAUAUAUAUAUAUAUAUAUAUAUAUAUAUAUAUAUAUAUAUAUAUAUAUAUAUAUAUAUAUAUAUACCAGGCUGAUAGUUCCACAUGAGGUGGCCCAAACAAAGCACCACACACACACACACACAAUCAUUCACACUCUUAGCCCUGUUGACUGCUGGUGGAAAGGACUAUCCUACUAUACCUGGGGACUUCAGGCAUGGUAUAACACAGCUGGCCACAUAUUUCCACAACCAAUCUCUGUAAACACUAAGAAUACUGUAUUUAGGAUGGAGUAAAGUCUAGUAUAUUGAGUGUGUUUAAUUCUUAUCUGCAGGAGAUUAGCAUCAAAAUACAUCUGCUGGUGCAUUACAAAAUAGCAUAAUAACACAAAAAUAAACUAAUGAACACAAAUAAAUAAAUAAAUAAAUAAAUAAAAAUUUAUCAAUAAAAUUAAUUACUGUUUUCUUAAGUUUGCACAAAUUACACUGAAUAUGAAUGUAUGUAAAUGCUUCUAAAUGCUUCUCUCUGCACUGGUCCAUCAUGCCGCUGCUUGGUGCACACUCAAGUGCUGUGCUCAGCCAACAGCAUGUGACAAAACACCAACUCACUCUAACCUAACACUGGGAAAUUCAACCAUCUGCAGCAGCUACAAUGAAAGCUUCACUGACUGGGCUUGAAUUACACUUACAUAUUAUACAUAUGAAUAGUAUGUGCACCAGGGUCUUGUUAUAUACAUUAUGGAGGAAAUAACAAUGAAAAACCUAUCUUGACAUUAUUUAUAAAGGUUACACUUCAAGAUCUAGUUUGUAGUUCUAUAAAUGUUAAUUUCAGCAUUUUAAAAAUAAUAAUGUACUAAAGCAGAAUUAGAACAAAAUAAUAAUGUCAUAAUAAACUGAAAAGUUCUCCAUCACCAUCUGUUCUAAUGACUUCAUAUUUUAAAUAAACAGAAUCCUGUAAAUGUUCCAGCACUUUUCAAAAAUGACAAUAUACAAAAAGGGCUAGAGCACAGUUGUAAUGUUAUAUUAAACUGAAAACCUUCUCCCUCUCCACCUAUGCUGAUUUCAAACUGUUGAAGAACAAUAGAUCCUAACCUAACCAAAUUAUCAGCACUUAUAGCAGACUGAGGACAUCAACAAACCACAGUCCUUACAUAAGAGCAGUGAGGGCAAGGCAGUGUUACAUUCACUAGUAAAUCCUCAGCAAGCAAGUCCAUGUGAGUGAUGCAGUGAAGUGCUGAGAGAACUUAAGUCACGUUCAGGAUAAAUGGAGACACCGUACAUGAGUUUGCAUAUUCUGAUGUUGCAUAUAAUGGGACCCUGGCACGCACACACACACACACACACACACACACACACACACACACACAC